UCUGCACAUAACUUGUAACGGAGGUUGUAAUUAACAUGCAUUCAUUUAAGAUUUUCGUUUGCUACGUUUUUUUUUUUUUUUUUUUUUUUUUGAAAAGUGUGUUUUUUUUUGUUUGAUUUAUAUUAAUUUUUCAGGAAAUUGUACCCAAGUUGUAUACUUUGUAGAUGCACUCGGCACUCGGGUGUACCUUACUAUUGAUAGCAUAGCCAUUAUGUUGUACGAUUAGUAGAUUAUACGAAUACACGGCCUAAAAUACUUGAUUGGAAACCCAAACUCGCGUGACCAAUAUAGGCUAUAUUUGACCAGAUCCAAUAGUUACAUGUCUAAUAAGGACAUUUUUGUAACAAACUUGGUUGGAAUACAUUUGAAAGUGACUAGACAAAUCAACUCGGACGGUUCGACCCAAUUGCCACCUCUACACUUUUCAUUUUUUAUGGCACCUAAAUUGAAAUAGUAUGUCCAAUUGUGUGUAUGUGUGAAUACUUAGAGGGGCAUAAAAGUCAGAAAAUUUUUGAAAAAUAAACGGUUGGCUACUGAAUGAGGGAUACCGGAUACAAGAUAGGAUGCAAACACCAAAAUUCAGCUCUUACUUUCCUCCAUUUUUAGUAUAGUAAACACUAAACUGGCCCAAAACAUGACAGAAAUCCUACCUUGUUCUUGCUACAGAUUGGUGUUCACUUCUGUAAGAGCUAAAAUUAGGACAAGAAAUGGUAUUGGAGCUGUUAAAUUGAGGCCAAUUUCAUGUGUAGCAACUGAUGGUGAAAAUAGUAGUGUUGUAGUUAAGAAUGGGAAGGAUUAUUUGGAAAUGUGUCGUGUCGUUAAUGGAAUGUGGCAAACUAGUGGCGGGUGGGGGAAAAUCGAUAGGGAUAAUGCGGUUGAUGCUAUGCUUCGAUAUGCUGAUGCGGGGCUUGCUACUUUUGAUAUGGCUGAUAUAUAUGGACCUGCUGAAGAUCUUUAUGGAAUCUUUAUUAAUCGAGUCCGUCGUGAGCGCCCACCUGAGGUUUUAGAAAAGGUCAGAGGUCUCACGAAAUGGGUUCCGUCACCAGUUAAGAUGACAAGGAGUUUUGUGGAGGGGAACAUUGAUGUUUCAAGGAAAAGAAUGGAUGUUGCUUGCUUGGACAUGCUACAAUUCCACUGGUGGGAUUAUUCCAAUUCUGGAUAUCUUGAUGCAUUGAAACAUCUUACAGAUCUGAAAGAUGAAGGAAAAAUUAAGACUGUGGCUCUUACAAAUUUUGAUACGGAAAGGUUACGAAUAAUUCUUGAAAAUGAGAUUCCUGUUGUGAGCAACCAAGUGCAACAUUCUAUCGUUGAUAUGCGUCCUCAGCAGAAAAUGGCAGAGCUUUGUCAGCAAACUGGAGUUAAACUCAUAACGUAUGGGACAGUUAUGGGUGGUCUCUUAUCUGAGAAGUUCCUUGAUACCAAUUUGGCCAUUCCAUUUUCUGGUCCUUCACUAAAUACUCCCUCCUUGCAGAAGUACAAAAGGAUGGUUGAUGCAUGGGGAGGAUGGAGUCUUUUCCAAACCUUGCUUCAAGUGCUGAACAAAAUUGCCAGGAAGCAUGGUGUGCCCAUUUCGACUGUUGCUGUUAAAUACAUACUAGAUCAGCCGGCUGUAGCAGGUUCCAUGAUAGGUGUCAGACUUGGACUGUCAGAGCAUAUUAAAGAUGCUAAUGCUGUAUUUUCUCUUGAACUUGAUGAGGAGGAUGUCGACAGCAUUCGAGAUGUUUCCAGCAGGGGGAAGGAUCUGCUGAGAGUGAUUGGUGAUUGUGGAGAUGAGUAUAGGCGUGCUUAAUAUUAAGAUAGUGUUGUUUAUCAUGCUUGAUUGUUCUGCUUGCAUCAAAGAGCAAAUAGUAUCAUAUGAUCAUUUUGUGUAAAAUACCAAAAUUUUGUAAUGAUAAAAAAAAUAUGUUGUAUAGUGUAACCAAACUGGGAGUUUUGUAAUUCGUUUGUUUACAAA